AUGCAGCGCCCGCCUAUUGCACGUAUACGCCUUCCUGCUUUUUGGCCAGAUCAAGUUGAACUCUGGUUCGCGGCUUGUGAAUCCCAGUUCGCAGCAUAUGGGAUCCACAAUCAGCAUGCUCGAUACUCCUGUGUUCUUGCAUUGCUCAGGCCUGAGGACUCCUGUCGGUUAAGUGAUCUAGUCCUAAAUCCCGACCCUAAACGUCCCUAUGACCGGUUGAAAACAACCCUGAUAGAGCGAAGUCAAACACCUCAGUGGCGAAAUGACAGGGAUGAGACACCGUCAGUGAUACUCAAUCGAAUUCGAAUGGCGAUGUAUGAAAAAUCCAUGGAAGCCGAUGAGACAGCUUUAAAGGAAAUGUUAAUACCAUUCCUACCACCAGCCGUGAGGUCAAUUCUUGAACCAGUGAAGGAAGUUGCAUCGCUAGAUCAAUUGGUCCAAAUGGCGGAUAGAGUGCUUGCUAUCAAGUCGGAGCAGCAAGCUAUGGAAGCAUCGUUCGGUGAUAUGCUCUCAAGGCGCCAACUACAGCAGAAUUUUAUUCCGCCACAAAAUUUUAAUCAUCCGCAAUCUCAACUACCACAACAAAAUUUCCAUCAGCAAAAUCGUCAAGGAUGGAGGCAAAGAUCUGGAAGGUUUAACAGAAGAAGUGCCAGUCGAAGACCACGAGCCGCGUCACAAUGCCCAAUUAGACAAGAUUACUACUAA